UAUUAACGUGGAAAAGUUCUUUUAACAUUUUAAAAUGGAGUUGAAAUAAAUAAGCACUCAGGUCACGUAAUACUCUUUCAUAAACAAAUUAUUUUUAAACUUGAUUUGUAAUGUCAAAAUCUUUUUGUUGUACUUGUAAUUUAACAGAACAUGUGAUGAUGAUGCCAUGAAGGCAAGCAGCUAUAAUAGUACUUUUAUAUUAUUUGUUUCAGCAAAAAAUGACUCAAAAACGCAAUUUAAAAAAGGCUAUAGACAAAUAUGUCAUGUGUGUAUUUUUGGAAAAUGUAAAUGGUGCUUUUGCAGAACAAAAAACUGUUGUGCCUAAGAGAUGGAUUGACGAAGAACUAAUGUUGUUAUGGUGGCCAAAUGGUAUAAAUGUUACCAACAAAAAGUCAGUUAACCCAAAUAAAGAUACCUGGAAAAAGUAUGAUUUAAAAGAAGUUGUUAUUGAAGGUGAAGAGAGUGUAUGCCAUGAGUUUCUUUUGCAUACAAGUUCUUCAGAAAGCGAUGUAAAAAAAAAGAAAUUUAAAGAAUUUGACUCUUCUAAAGGUAAAAGUGUUCCAAACAAACCAACUAUUUCAAUAAUGGAUGUGAUAGAGAAAGCUACUGAAGAAAGUUCAAGUAUUUCACAUCAAACUCCACAAUCUCCUUCACCAAUAAUGUUUUCUCCUGUUCAUCAUCAUCAUUCAGAAUCUCCAGAUUCUUAUGAACCUCCGUCUUAUUCAUCUGGUGCAUCUCGUUAUCCAUUGAAACGUACGUCUAGUCAUUUGGCCAGAUCACAGUGCGGCCCUUUUCAGGGUUUAUCUGGAGAUUUUCACUAUAGCUCCCCUGGAAGUGUAUUUCAUACUUCAGCAGGGGAUCCAGAGGGUACAACUUGCCAUUCAUCUAGAACUUCAUAUAAAUCUGAAUCCCCUGUUCAUUUAGAUGUUCCUUUUCAUACUAGUUCAUUUCCACAAAACACCACUGAUUUUUUAAUUAAUGCUUCAUCUUCAGAUAAUCCUCUUCAUUCUUCCAAAACAAAAUUUGUACGAAAAGAUUCAGCCAAGCUUCUGAAUCAGAAAUUCCCAAUGGAUACUGGAGAGUUCCAAAAACUAGUACUUCAAUUACUUCUUGAGAAAAAUUGUUGCAAGUGUGCCAAUAAAACGUCAGAAAGCGUAAACAUUACCUUUUUUAAAAAGAUUGAGUCCCUUGAAGAAUUGUUUGAACUUGAAACCAGAUUAAAAGACAACGGGGAGUAUAGUAAAUUGCUUUGUCACCUCAAGAAAGCAGGUGGAAAAACUGUUAAAGAAAAUACAAAAAAUGUUAUGGUCAGAAUUAUGGAGCAUCAUGUUAUGGCCAAGUUGAAUAUGAAAGGAAAAAUUCGUGGUGAUUUCAAGAAGGUAGCAUUCGAAGAUAAAAAGUUGUGUAAAGCAAUAAUUGAAGCCAUCCAGCUAACGCACGAGUCUUCGACAGAAGCACAAAUAAAAGAACAAAUAGGAAGCAUAUUAAAGUUUUCUCCAUUUGUUAAUAAAAGCAAAAAAAAUAAUAUUGAGGAAGCAAGCGAUUGUUGAACAAUUAUUUAUUUGUGGCUUUUUUUGGUAAUUUAUAAUAUAUGCUAUAUACAAAAGAAUAUACAAUAUAUCUUUA